AUGUCCUUUGUAGUCAGAGUCCUCCAAUCGUGGCCUCGUAUGAUGGCAGGCCCUGUCGUUGCGCGGUUUCCACCCAUCAUCCAUCAUCUCCAGGUUGCGCAAGAUCUACCGCUUCCACUAGCCCAAUGUAGCACGCUGCUGAAAACGUGGAUGGCAUCUGAUGACGGUGGUAGAGUCCUGGUGCAUGAUCUUAUCAGACUGGAGGUCAAAAGAUUACUACAGCAGUAUCAAUCUUAUACCGGAACUGAUCUCCUUGCCGCAACACAGUCGCUUCUCCUUCUCGCGAUAGUCUUGUUAUUCGGAAGUAACAACACCCCGGCAGUAUCACCUUCAGAGGGUGCUCAUAUUCUCGUCGAGAUGUGGGAAGUUAAGCACCGACUUGCCAACACGGGGAUGUUUCUUAAAGAAGAGAUAGAUCAUAUUUUGCCUACGUGGGAGGACUGGGCCAUCGUGUCCGCCAAACGACGGACAAUUCUUGCUCUGCAUCAUAUUGAAUGGGUGUGGUCACUGCUCCAAGGAUAUCCCAUUUUGACCUGCUUUGAGCUAGCUCCGUUGCCAGCUCCAGCUGCAGGCUACCUUUGGUCAGAGAUGGAUGAAGUAUCAUGGAAGCGCCAUUAUGGCGAUUGGCUAGCUCAGUGGAAGGGUGGGGGUUAUAAAAUGGGUGAGCUCUUUAACAUUAAGCAUGGAGAAAGCCUGGAUGCUCGAAGCGAGAUGUGGCUCGCUGAAGUAGAUGAGUAUGGAAUGUUGCUAAUGUCUGAAAUCAACGCAGUUAGUUGUGUAGAGUAG